AUGACUGAAACAGAACCUUCUCAGCGAGAUGCCCGGCCGGAGGCGUCCCCGCUUGGCUCUAACGGGGAGGGGUCGCCCUCGCCCGUAAAGGCAGUGCCGGCUCCCAAGGCCGGCAGGAAGCUGCCAGGAUGGCUUGAUCAUUUCAAUGCCCGCGAUCUUAAGGUGCUAUUCCGUUGCUCGCUAGCUGCGUGGGUCGCGUCGCUGUUGAUCUUUAUCACGCCGUCCCUAACCGUCAUUGGUACCGCGACAUUUUUUGCAACUCUGGUACUUUUCAUGGUACCUCCGACCGGCAUUGUUUUCAUUUUCCUUUUAGGAACUUUGACCCUCGUCCUUGGCAUGGCCUUGGGCUGGGCCUGGGGUGUCGUCGCCAUGAAGGCUGCUAUGGCAGCGAGACCGGCGGCUGAGACCCAGGCCAAGCUUCAAGCCCUGGGACAGGCCGCAUACAGCCAGGCCAAUUCCACUGGACAGCCUGUCGCAGCUGUCCAGCAGCAACUUGUCUACACCGGCUGGAUGCUUGAUGCUCGUUCCCGUCUUCGGGCGACGAACCCCAAAUUCAUUCUGUUGCAGAUUUUCUCAAUCAUCAUCAUCGACGUUACUCUGACUAUUGGCCCGCUGCUUCCAUCUUUCAGCGGUACCAUCCCUAAGGUUCUGAUCGAGCCUGCCGCUAUUGGAAUUGGCUUGGGCCUGGUCUCCCAUUUUAUCUUCUUCCCUCGAUCUACCUCCCAUGUCGUGCUUGAUGGCAUGGAGGGGCUGGUGCGGCUACUCAAAGGGCCUCUGGAUGCCACGGAGAACAGUCUUCUGAAAGGUGAAGACUUGGAUAUGGCGGAUCUGCAAAAAAUCAAAAUGAAGUCCAUUGCUGCUUACAAGGAUCUCAAGCCGGCCAUGGGCUUUUUACCAUUGGACUUCUCCGUCGGUUGGUGGGGCGCUGAAGACAUCAAGAGCAUGAAGAAACCAAUACGCCAGGCUUUGAUGAGUAGUCUGUCCCUCUUGGAAGUUCACCUCGCCCGCCUCGGGGGAUACGCGAAGCUGGAAAAAUUGCACCAGCUCGUUGCGGAUCGUGAUUCUGAUUCUGAUUCACAAGUUGGUGGCAAUGAGAAAAAUCGUUCACGCGAGGUUGGCAUGCGCCAGCUGAUGGAGAGUGUUAAUUUGGUACAAGCACUACGAAGCCCAGAACAUGAAUCCAUGCGAUCAGAAACUAUUGACGUAUUGCGCGAGUCCAGCAAGGAUAUCCUCCCGGCAUGCCAGGAAGCUGUCGAGAUCAUUGCGGAGACCAUUCACACUGUUAACAAGCGUUGGUUCGGACGCCCCUCCAAGGAACAUCUCAGUCAAUUGCACGAGCGCAGUCAGACUGCGCUGCAGAAUCUUCAAGCCCUGCGCACAUCGUUUGCAACGGAGACCACUGAACGUCUGAUUCAAACACAUGCAGAGAUCUUCGACGAAAAAGGCAUGCUCAGGACUUUGGACGAAUCUUCAUUGCCCAGAGUUAGAGGUAUCACUAUGGGGAUGAUCUUCGAAGAGCAGGUGCUCGGUGUCGUCGACGGAUGGGAGCGGGUUCUAGGACAGCUUGUUGCUCUCCUGGGGGAACGCCAGAAGAUCCGUUUGUGGCUGCCCAAGGGCUUACGAUAUGCAGUCAACUGGAUUCGUCGAAAAAAUGUCGUGGCGCCUGUAAUGGCGGCUCAUAAUCCAGUUGUCGACCCUGAAGUGGAAGAGACGCAGUCCAAAGCGGCACAGCAGCAUCUUCGCAUCAGCAGAGGGUAUCGUGUCAACCGAGGCAGCCGCUUCGGACGCGCUGUUAUCGGCACCUAUCAUUGGUUCAUCAACCCGGAAGGCCUUUACGCAAUGCGCAUGGUGGCUGUCACCAUUGCACUCGCUAUCCCUGCUGCAAUUCCUCGCACUGCGGGUUUCUAUUACCGCGAGAAAGGUCUAUGGGCCCUCAUCAUGGGGCAGACCACACUGGUCAUAUACAUGGCCGACUUCACCUUCUCCCUUCUCUGUCGAGCCGCUGGUACCAUUGUUGGCGGCGUGCUUGGUUUAGUUGCGUGGUAUAUUGGCUCAGGCCACGGCGAGGGUAACCCGUAUGGUCUUGCUGCCAUCAUGGCUGUUGUGCUCACGAUUCUCAUGUGGGGACGUAUCUUCGCGCCCCCCGCUAUGCUUCAAGCUAUGAUGAUGGCUGGUGCAACCUGCAUUUUGGUUGUUGGUUACAGUUUCGAGGAUACGCACAUCCCAGCUUACGGCAAUCCCGGUUGGGGAUAUGAUGUUUUCUGGCGGCGACUUGUCCUUGUUCUUAUCGGCUCGGCAGCGGCACUUAUUGUGCAGCUCUUCCCUCGCCCACCAUCCGCAUCGGGCCACGUCUGCAAGUCCCUUUCAAAUUCCAUCCGCUUACUGUCGGACCACUACGCGCUUCUCUUAUCCUGCUGGGGACAAGGGCGCGAAGAAGGCCUGGCCGCAGAGAAGCUGGCUCUAAACCUCGCCGAGACUCUCGCCGCACUGGACGGGCCCAUCGCAUUGCUGCGCUUUGAAUUUUCCAGCUCGCCAUUUGACAGCGAGCGUCUCGGCCAGGUGAAAGCGCUGUGCCAAGAACUCAACCAGAACAUCGCUCGCCUACUUUACCUAUCUGCGUCGCUGCCAGAACACCUGCAGAGCCGAUUAGCUCGUCAGGCUGGUCUUCUUGACCAUCACAAUAUCGGCGAUGUCAUGGCUGUUUUAGGCGUGGUUGAACAGUCACUGAAGACGGGUGACCCUCUACCCGAGGUGUUGCCAACGCCACUACUCAAUCGUUGCCACGAUUACUGGAUGUCGCACCAUGUGGAUAUUAUUCUAAGCAAGGAUUUGAUUCGCGACGAAGAGUACCGCCGGUUCUGCGUCGCCAUCAGCGCAUACCUCAAAUUCCUGGCCGCCGUGGAUGACCUGGUGCUCGUGAUGAAAGGCACUUUGGGCGAGUCGCACAUCGUCAGCCGCGAUCUGUUGCACGAGCAGUAUGUAUAA